GAUAGGGGGCGCUCAUGAGAUGGUUCCAGUAACGAGUCGAUAUUAUAUAAUUUCGAAUUCAUUAUUAUUGCCUUGGAGAACAAAACUAAAAUAACAUUUUGGCUGUUUAUGUAGAAGCAUUUGCAAACGAUUGCUUUAGCUGUUUCGUUAUAAUUACUCCUAUUCCCUAAGGUCUUGGUCGUGUGCGCCAUCUGCUGGCAACCUUCUAAACUCCAGUUCAUUUCCACACAAUGUUUUUAACAGGAAGUGGACUCUCUUCCAAGUUGUCGUCUCUGGUUGGGUGUCCGGUAGUUCCUCCUGGGUUUGAGUUGUCUGGGAAACUCGCCAUGUACGGGCUCUGCUUUCAUAAGGUUUGCUGAAUAAACAGUGCUGAAUAUUUGGCCCACCCCGGCUUGUUUAGGUCCUAGGGAUAGAUGACGAGCUAGCCGACCGAGUACCUCGCGUUUAAAGUCAGAUAUAAUCCGGUGAAGGUUGACCUAAAAUUCGACAUGACCCAACAAGCUGCAGCUCUGCAGACCUACAACAACGAGCUGGUCAAAUGUAUCGAGGAGCUUUGCUCGAAGCGGGAUGAGCUGAACCGACAGAUCAAGCAAGAGGAAGAGGAAAAGGAGCGGCUGCAGCAUGACAUCCGUGUCCUCUCGGAGAAGCUGAGCCGAGUCAAUGAGAGCCUGACCCAGAGACUCGCCGCACGCGCCACCUUUGACCGCACCAUCGCCGAGACGGAGGCUGCAUACACCAAGAUAUUGGAGAGCUCCCAGUCUCUCCUGAGCGUCCUAAAGCAGGAAGCAGGAAACCUCAGUAAAGCCACGGAGCCUCGGAGGACGGAGCACUGAAGGCCAGGAGCAAAACUGUGCACCUGACCUCACCUGACUGUGACUUCUGAGGCAGUUUAUUCCCCACUUUGGACUAAUUUUUAAUAUAUUUAAACCUUUGUUGUAAGUUUCUGGAUUCAAUAAAUGUAUUUCCUAACAUUU